UAGGUGGUCAGUUCACUCGACAGAUUGCAGGUGUCUUUCCAACACUGUUUGAUUGUAGAAUUCUGAGAAGAAAGUAUACAAGGAUGGAAGAAAUACAUGAAAACUAGCAUGUGGAGGCUGGACUGCCAAAGCCACUGUUGGAGGAUUCUAAAAGACUUGUCUAACCAGCUUCGGAGAUCCUUACCUAUGGAUUUACACGUUGGCCUUACCUUUUCCUCCUGACUAUUUUGUUUCUUCAGCAAAAGAUAAGUUUUUCUUGAAUAUAAUUUUAAUGCAAAAAUGGGCUGCUCUCCAUCCAAAGGGAAGUUAUUUUCAAAGCCAGAAGGCCCACAAUCUCUAAAGGCGCUGGUGGCUGAAGCCUCACAGGAUGGUAAUGAUUCUAGACCUGUAGAGGAGGAGAGCAAUUUUUUGAAGACUGAUGAGAAAGAAAAUGAACCUCCACUACCUACCGAAGAACCUCCUAUGGAAGAGACUGCAUGGUCUCAGUUGGCCUCCAAUACAACAGCUGCCCAAAAUGCAGAGGAAAUUAAAGGAACAGAGGUGAAUGUGACAUCCCAAGAGAUAGUCAAUGAGGUUGUGCAAACAGAUAAGAUUAAAAGGACAGAGAAAAGAAAGAAAAAUAAAGGCAAGAGAAGGUUCGAAAAGCAGAGGUCCUCUAUUCUUCAGGCAAAGGUAGACUUCCCACCACACAUGGUGAGGGCUCACCAGGCAGCCUAUGCCUUUCUGAACCCAAAUAUCUCCAAAUAUGAGACACUGUUAGGCCUGCUGGACCAAGCAGCCCAGACACAGUUGUCCCUUCAGCCCAUGAUGACUGCUUUUGUGUUGCGCUUUGAGGAGAUCAAUCAGGCCCUAGAGGAGAUGGCAGAGGAGGGGGAGCUGAUGUUGAAGGAGCAUGGGGACUACAUGGCCUUGCCUUCUGGUAUGAGGGGCCAAGCUGUUAUGCAAGCUAAACCUAGCAUGGCCACAGCCAGCCCCCCUGAUCCACCUCCAGAUCUGUUACAGCAACUUCUUCAGCAUUCAACAGAGAAAAUUAGGCUUGUGGGGGGUUCGGUCCAGGUACUGGGUGACACCACGCUUCAGGACGCAGUGGAGUACUUUUCUUCUGUUUCUAAGCUGCUAGUUGAGAAACUGCAGGCGAAGCAGGUAGCGGAACAGAGGUUGACUCAAGUGCUGGCACUGGUAGAGGGGGCUGCAUUGAGGAAGUCUAACCCAGAGGAUUCAGCACUGCACAGUGAGGACAGUGGGAUUGGGGGGGAAAACGAGAGUCUGACAGGGUCUGAGAGGCACCGCCACCACCGAGGGAGUGCUGGAUCUGGAAGUUGUGGCUCUGGAAUUAACAUUCGUGGUGCAUUUGAUACUAUGCCCAGUAAUUCACCCAACCUGGAAGGCCAUAAUGAAGAUGAUGAAGAGGACGAGGAGGAAGACGAUGAUGAUGAUGAUGAAGAGUAUGAAGAUAAUGAAGGUGAUAGGCCUCAGAAGAAGAGGUCAAAUUCUUCCCCACCAGAUCCCAGUCAACCUAUUCUCUACAUGCAGGAUCAGCAGUCUACAGUCGGACGUCCCCGGACUGCUGUCACUGCAACCAAACCUGAACACUCCUCAUCCACUAGAUGUGUAAACAUAAUGAUGGAGCUACAAAACAGCCAGAGGGACUUGGAUCAGCGAAUGAAAAAGAUGACUGAAACCCGAGGAUACAAAGAAUUAGCAGGACCUCAUUAUAACCUGUAUAGGGCGGGACUAAGACGGCAUUCAUUAAGUGGAUCAACAGGUUCACAAAAAGGCCCCCUUAGAGCAAAUCAGUCACCUUGUUCCUUACCAGCUUUAACACCCCAACCACCUAAGCGCCAGUCAGUCAGAAGGCUGAUAAAUACCUUUAGCCAAGGGGUUGAUGGUAGACCAGGGCAGAGCCUAGAUAAUAUUCCACCUCAUAUCAGGAGGCCCAGGAAAAGUGGGAUCCUUCUGUCAUCUGGCACACUAAAUGUUAAUGAGGGGGGUUUAGUCAUCAAUGGCAACAAUAACAACAACAGCUGGCCUGACAGCAGGGAUGACCUGGAUGUAGAAAACUUACCACCUCCACCCCCAGAGGUUCUGAUGGACAAUUCCUUCCAGAGUACUGAGGGCAUACCAGGAAAUGAGGGAAGGUCAAAGGAAGAUUCAGUUCGAAGUCUCCCAAUGAUAAAUCAAAACACCGGGGUCUCCCAGCGCCUGAAGGCAUCCCUGCAAAAUGUUGAAGUACUGCCAAGCCGUGCCAGCAUAAAACCAAGAUCUAUCACUAUCUUGCCUGCCCGCCCUGUCAGGCAGGGUGCAGUUAUGGAGGUGCCAGAUACAGAACAGCAACAAGAAACUGAUCUGGAUCCUGAAAUGGAGAAGGCUAACUCUCUCUACCAACAGGCACGUAAGAUCAUUCACCUGUGCAAUGCAGCAGAAACUGCUGACAAGAGAAAUAUUGCAGAACUAAGUAGCAGAGGACCUUUACCCCCUCAAGCCAGGAUGGGCCAGAGAUGUGAAAGCAAUGAAUUUUAUGAGUCUGAGAUGUCCUCUCCCAGCCUGCCUGUGACAGCACCACCUGUCUCUAGAGUCCGCCUACCACCAUCUUGUCCCUCUGUGUGCCACAGAUUUCCAAGCCCUCCUGUGCUCAGACCUCAGACCACCUCUAGGCCCUCAUCUCGCCCAGGUUCUCCGAAAACAGUGACACGUGCCACAGAUAACAACACCGAAGAGAUCAUUCCAUCUGUGUCCUUUAAAGAUGCCCGUUCAGUCUUCUGUCUAAAAGAGUCUCAAAACUCUCAGAACUGCAUUUCCUCUGGAAGUUCUAUUCUUCCCAGACCAUGGGGAGAGACCUCCCGAGGCAGGCUACCAAUGAGGAGGAUAGACAGCUCUACCCGUCGCACCCAAUCAGAACAGAGGCCUAGUUCGACUUCCCAUUCAGAGCCUCCCAAAGCUGGCAGCUCAGCCUCUAGCCAGGCCAAUGAGAGUGAGUCUGUUACCACAAAAUAUAGGCCAGGCAGCCCUCUGAUGAGAGGAGACAACGCCCAGUUGGAUCCAAGUGCCACUGUGACGACAGCCUAGAGCCCGGCUGUGAUUGGCCAGGGUUUCUAAAGUGAAAUGUGAGGAGGGAAGGGAAUGGAAUGGAGAAAGGGAUUAUGGAUUAGCAGGAUUGUGAGGUUUAGCCCCUUUCUUUUUUCUUUCCUUUUCUGACUAAAGGAUUUUGUUCCAAGUGUGGGUUUUAGAUACAUCUAUAAUAUUCAUUCAAGCGGUUUUAAGCACAUGAACAUUUUAAUUUACUUCUGAAAACAUUGUCAGAAGAAUUCAUCUGUAUCAGUUUUUAGAAGUGCGUACUUAAUUUAAACUGAAUGUUGAAUCUAUAAUCUACCUUGAAUUUGUUUAAAGUCAAAGAUAUAUGUAAAAAUGUUGUUAUUGCAGCCAUUAGCACCACCAAUUUUCCAGAUUCCCUCUAGGCUCACAGCUGAACUUCAGAGCUGGGAGACAAUUGGGGAUUUGGAAGUUCUAUUGGCUGCUAUACCAAAUACAGUAUGCCUAUAAUUUACAUAAUUAUCAGAUGUACUCAAGUGUUUGUAAAUGUCUUUUAUUUUGUGUUUGGACAGUUUGCACUAGCUUUCUAUUUGUGUUAAACCAUGUUUUCUACCUCGACUACAACCCAAUAAAAGAGGAAAAAUCUGC